AUGAAGUGGGCAGCCACAGGCGCCAGUGGGGUCGGCUGCUGGCCGACUUGGCUCGUCAAACCUCUUGGACUUGCGAUGCUUCUUCUUCUCGUCUUCCUCGUCUCCGAAGUGUGCUUUCUGUGGCGCCUGCAGCAGAUUGACCCUGAGUCUCCAUCGCGGCUGCCGUACGUCGUGUCAUCCGGCACGCCUUCACUGCGUUCUCCCGAGCCUUCGCCGUAUUCCCCCCGCGUCAGCGAGGUCCUCCCGUAUGGAUCUUCGCCGUCAGACCAGAAAGAAGCGCUGCGCCUCCUCGAAAACAUUACAGGGAAGGGCUCUGCUCGCGCCGCUAACACGGGGCACGAACCUUCCGUACGGCGCCGGGCUGCUGCCGUCGCUGAGCGGCUGAGAGACACUCUGCCUUCUGUCUCUCCCACAUUGUCUGCUGAUAUCUCUACUAAGUCACCCCGUCUUCGCGCAGCACAGACUGGAAACUCGCCUCCGUCUCACUCGCCGCCCGAGGCUGACGGGCGCGGCGCCGCGUCGUCCCCCUCUUCUGUUCCAUGGCCUUCACCUGAAGGACUACCUGCGUCUUCAAAACAGUCUCCUGGGCUUGUGUCUCCGAACGCACUGGAGGUAUCCGCUGACUUGCACGCGUCGCCUUCUUCGCUCCCAGCGGCCUCCACCGCUGAAUCGGCGCCCGCGGUGUCACUGGAUUCUCGUGCCUCCGGUUCUGCGAGGCAGGGAGAAGAAGAGACGGCGGGGCGCGGGAGGAGGGAAAACGGAGGCAGCAGGGAACAGAUAAACGGGCAGAGCAAAAAGACAGAAGCUGCGCUCUCUGGAAACCGCUCGCCUGCUCGACUUGAGGAAGAGGAGCAGCUCGAGGACCUCCUGGCUCUUGGGAAGCUUACCGAAGACGAUGCAGCGCUUCUGCGUCUCCCCGAUCUUCUUCUCUCGCAGAACAACACGUUGUUCCAGGUGCAGUUCCUUUCUGACGCGGAGCGGAAGAGAUUCGAGGAGAAGCGUAGCCGCUCGUCGCACCCGACUACCCGUAAGGCCAAGAAGCGGCGCCCGGAGCACGCGUCGUCCUCUGGCUCUUCUUCUCCGCGGCGAACUUCCCACAAAGGGGACGUCGACCGCCGGCAGCGGGGCGGCCGAAACUUCCACGCGGUUGCUGCAGUCUCCUUUCCUGCUGGCGGACAGGCAGAUCCCUACUAUGGCGUGUAUGCAGGCUUCCAAAAACCAGAGAGCGUCGCUGCCUUCCCCUCUUUCCCGCCGCUCGCGGAAGCCGACCUCGCCUACGGGGAUGCGCGCCUUCUGCUUCCACAGGUUGAGACUGUGGGCCUCGCUCGUAGAGCAGGGUCGGCCGAGCGGCGCCUGAAGAACGAGGGAGAAGUCGAUGGCGACGAGCCCGAGGGCGACCGCAGAGACUCGCUCUCGCCCUACGCGUCCCCCGUGGAGAACGAUGAGCCCGACGCCGGCGCUCCGACCGCGGCGACCGAGAGCCCGGUAGGCGAGGAGGCGCGCGGCGGAGGCCUGCCGGCUGCGGCGGAGGGAGCGGCGGCGGCAGAGGCGAGAGGCGAUGACUCAGAGAAGCAGGAGGCGGCCACGCAAGGCCCCGAAACGCGAGCCGAAGAGACUAAAAAACAGGCAGGUGAGACGCCGGGUGAACACGCUCAUCGCUCGUACCAAGAUGCGCGUGUCUUCACGCGAUCUGUGGUGGGCAACUCGGCGCUGCGACAUGAAGUUCGCGAGAGCGGGGCUCGGUUGACAAACAUCGUGGCAGCUCUUUCGGAUUUCGAUAGAUCGAACGACGAAUUGUCGGGACGUGGGGAUGUCGACGGUCGGGUUGCGCCCAUCGAAGACGAGGAAAGCCAACUUGGCAGCCCCGCAGGCCCUGCCCACCCGCUGCGCCUUGCCGACCUCCCCGAAGUGAUUUUCAGCAAACCGUCGCGGAGCCUCGUCAAAGCCGCCGAAGGAAUGGAGAAAACUGGGCUGCCCCAAGAGAAAGAGAAGCUGGCUAGAAUCAUUCCAUUUGACAGGCCCUUUGAGGUCCGGAGCCUGGCGACGCAAAAGAAGAGGGCUCUCAUCUUUGAGGAUGUUCUGGGCGCCGGAGGCCAGGGCAUCGUCGUUCUGGCACGGGACGCGAACAGCCCAGACGUGCAGAUGGCAGUGAAGAUUUUCCGCAUCACGAAGAAGAACCGCGCAAACACGGCGCUGCUGGAGAUCUCCCGACUGCAGCGCCGGCUCCGGUGGGAAACGGCGAUCCUAAAGUACGCGCCGAAGGACAUCUCCUCGUAUGUCUGGUCCCAGCUGGCGCACCUGGUCAUGCCGCUGGAUAUCGUGGAGCCGGUGGAGAAGCUCGAAACCCCUCCGGAUGAACCGAUGCGCUACUGGCAUCAGUGGGUGAUCUUCGAACACUUCGCCGGAGACAUCACGCGUCUGAGGAAGCUUCGAAGUGGUUCUGGCCAGGCGCGUUUGGACGCGUCGAAGCAGAUGUUCAUGGCCUGUUUGCGACUGCACGACACAGGCAUGGUUCACUCAGACAUCAAGCUGGCGAACUAUUUUAUUUCUUCCGAGGGCCGAGUCUUCUUGGGAGACUACUCUCUUUCGCGCCCCAUCGGAGAUGUUAGCCCGUGCGUCGAAGGAACGCUUCGCUUUCUGCCACCGGAAAAUAUGGAGUGCAUCCGCGAUCACCAGAAAAACCUUAUUCUCUCCCCGAAGAAAGACACGUGGGCGGUGGGGGUUGCCCUCUACAAGCUCUGGUGUCGAAAUCUGUUCCCCUUCCAGCUGGACACGCUUCAGUCGGACGAGGUCAUUGGCCGCGUCGCGGAGGUAACCCAGAGCGAUCUGGAUUUUUAUCCGUGCUCGCCAAACAUGCCCACGGCCAUGAUAGAUUUGAUCAUGCGGAUGUUGGACCCGAAUAUCGAGACUCGGCCGACGCUGAGGGAACUUUUCGUUUCUCAUCCUGUCUUCACAGAACUAAGGAAGGUGAUUUUAAGGUAUACUCUCUCCGAUCUGCUCGCCGAGCAAGCCGGGCAGUAA